GGACCUGUAAGGAGAUGAAGCUACCUAGCAGGCUAGGGAAGGCCCCUUCCCCAUCUGACUUUCUGGAUAAACUCAUGGGAAGGACAUCUGGGUAUGACGCCCGCAUUAGACCCAACUUCAAAGGUCCUCCUGUGAAUGUCACCAUCAACCUGUUCAUCAACAGCUUUGGGUCCAUCACAGAAACCACUAUGGACUAUCGGCUCAAUGUGUUUCUACGGCAACAAUGGAACGACCCACGACUAGCCUAUAAGGAGUACCCUGAUGACUCUCUGGACCUGGAUCCUUCCAUGUUGGACUCCAUCUGGAAACCUGACCUUUUCUUUGCCAAUGAAAAAGGGGCAAACUUUCACGAAGUCACCACAGACAACAAACUGCUGCGGAUAUUCCAAAAUGGGAAUGUCCUCUACAGUAUCAGGUUAACGCUGAUUCUGUCCUGCCCCAUGGAUCUGAUGAACUUCCCUAUGGACAUUCAGACGUGCUCUAUGCAGCUGGAAAGCUUUGGCUACACCAUGAAUGACCUGUGUUUCCAGUGGCUGGACAUUGGCCCUGUGCAGGUGGCUGAUGACCUGAUGCUUCCUCAGUUUGUGUUGAAAGAGGAGAAAGACUUAGGCUACUGCACCAAGCACUACAACACAGGUAAAUUUGCCUGCAUCGAGGUAAAGUUCCACCUGGAGAGACAGAUGGGUUACUACCUGAUCCAGAUGUACAUCCCCAGCCUUCUCACCGUCAUCCUCUCCUGGGUCUCCUUCUGGAUCAACAUGGACGCCGCCCCAGCUAGAGUGGGCCUUGGUAUCACCACAGUGCUCACCAUGACAACACAAAGCUCUGGGUCCAGGGCAUCCUUGCCUAAGGUGUCUUAUGUGAAGGCCAUUGAUAUCUGGAUGGCUGUGUGUCUUCUUUUUGUGUUCGCUGCACUGCUGGAGUAUGCAGCAGUAAACUUUGUCUCACGACAGCACAAAGAGUUCUUCAGACUGAGGAAAAAUAUCAAAGAACAACAGCGGCAGAGAACUCAGGGAAGUGGUGAUAGCAGCAAAGUGAAAGGUAACAGCGUGCCAGGCAACAACGCCUGCCAGGGGACCUUGUCUGGCCCUCAGCAGUGCAGUGUCUGUGCCAGGGAGCAGGAGCUGGCAGAGCAGAGCCAGGCCUAUUUUCUCCAUAGUUAUGGAGUAGCAGAAGAUGCACCACCAGAGAUGGAUGCCCCAAUCUUUCAGGCCUUACCUCCUGGGUUUCCACUGUAUGACAUCCGCAGGCGGUUUGUAGAUCGGGCAAAAAGGAUUGACACUAUAUCCAGGGCUGUGUUCCCGCUGAGUUUCCUCUGCUUCAAUGUUUUCUAUUGGCUUACCUACAAAGUGCUGCGGAAUGAAGCCAUCCGAGCUACUCUGUGACAAACCAACAUCUGAGGACUGAAUUAUAUCACUAGAAACCAGUACGGAGUUGAAUCUAGUCUUCAACAGAACACUUUGAGACAACGUUAGAAAUCCAUCAGCUGUGCCAAUGGAAAAAUAACUGACUGCAUGUCCAGUUCCAUUUAUUGUUUAUGAAAGUAAGCAAACCUGAUGUCUCUUCCAAGUGUCAUCCUUAACCAUUUGUUUUUUGUACAAUUCCAAUGGAAUGCACUAAUGGUAUAUAGGCCUUCUUGCACUACGGAUACUUUUAAUGUCACCCCCAUGGAGAGCACAAGCCCAGAUAUUGAAACAGGACUGCAUGGAAAAUGUUGGACAUAUUGUAAAAUAUAUAUUUUUUGUACUCUUGUGGAUUGCCACAUCAUAAACCCCUACAAAUAUAUUGAUUUCAACCUAAUAUGGUACACUUUAUGUAAUAGUACAUUAUUGGUACAUGAAUAAACAGAAGUGAAUGCUGGACAUUUUGAAUUGUCUAGUUAGGUAAUGUCCUUCAUUAUCGUACUGUGUCAAGUAUUGGCUUUGUCAUCCUCAAUGAAUGCACCUUGGACUUGUUUAAAAUGGUCAAAUAAACAAAUCAAAAAGCCAGAUGAA